UUCUGGUGAAUAAAGAAUGGAGCAAAGAUUAUCUUAAUCGCCUGACGUCACUUUCGCUUGAAUCUCUAAAAUACGAACCAACCUUGAUUAGAGAUGAAGAGUCGAAGAUACAGAAAGAAUUAGCCGAACUAUCUUUUCGAGAGUAUAAAUCAUGCAUCCAUGCAAAUUCUUGUUCGACAAAGAUUAAUUCUUCGCUUGAUAACCUAAGUGCACAUUUGUCGGAACUAAUACUUGCAAUUCCGUCCUUAGAAAACGCGUGUGCCUCCUUUUCCCAGCAAACAACGCAGAUAUCGCAACAACGCAACAAGAUCAAUAUAGUAUUAGAACAGCAUGACAAUUUAAUGGAAAUUUUGGAAAUACCACAAUUAAUGGAAACAUGCGUUCGAGAUGGAUUAUAUUCAGAGGCAAUGGAUUUAUCUGGAUAUGUUACUGACCUCGUUUCCAAAUACUCUACGAUCCCAUUGAUUAAGCAUAUUGAGCAAGAAGUUAAAUGGACAAUGCAAACAAUGUUGUCAAAGCUUAUUAUGCUCCUGAGUCAACAAAUUAAACUGCCAGAUUGUUUAAAAGUAAUAGGAUAUCUAAGACGAAUGGAAGCUUUUGAUGAAUCAGAGUUACAGUUGGUGUUUUUACUUUCUAGAGAUGCAUAUCUACAAUCUUUGAUUAAAGCUCUUGAGAAGGAGAAAAGGGACCCUGUCCACUAUUUGAAAAAAUAUAUUGAUGCGUUUAGAGAACAUUUUUUUGAUAUUGUCACGCAGUAUAGAUCAAUAUUUUCAGAUGAUGGCUCAACAACGCCUACAUAUUCGACUUUCAUGAUUUCCCCACCAUCAUCACCAUGGACGCCAAAUAAUCAAUCAUUAGGCAAACGCACAGUGACCGCAACAACGGUUUUUGCAGAUUAUACAAUUCACAUUCUAGGACAAUUAAAUUCAGUUCUUGCUGAGUUUACACCUUUAAUUUCCGAUACAUCGUCUCUUUCGUCCAUUUUAACUCAACUGAUGUAUUGUGGUAUAUCACUUGGUCGAGUGGGCAUUGAUUUUAGACAUUUGGUAACCGGACACUUUGAAACAGCAGUCAAUCGAAUAAUAUCAAAAAUGAUUGCGGAUGGAACACAGGAGUUUUGUGAUGACUUAAAACAAGCCAUUAAAAAUGUAGACCUACCGGGCACAUGGAUGGUAGGCGAUAAGAAGUCUACAAAUCUUGUAGACUCAAAAUCGCAGUCAAAUACGUCUCCGGCAUCUUCUACAUCCUCAUCAUCUCCAUUUACACCAUUGGUCAUCCUUUUGGAAUACCCCCCUAUUGCCUAUUUGACGAAUGCCUAUUUAUCGGCAUUUAACUCCUUGCGUUUGGUGGCACCUGUUUCGUUGUUUUAUCUGCUUGGUAAACAGCUCUCGCAAAAUCUCUUAUCAAUCGCCAGCUUAUUACGAGAUUAUGGGAAUAUCCUUGUCGAACAAAACCAUGACAUUACAAUACUUCUCGGAUUUAACGCCAUGUUUGCCCAAAGUUUUGUACCUUUUAUUUCGAGAUGUUUCGUCGAGGGAGUCUAUGGAGGAAUGUUGAGUGGUGGUAAC